CUGCUCGGCGCUGUCAUGGCGGGCUUGCUUAAGAAGACCACUGGCCUUGUGGGAUUGGCUGUAUGUGAGACUCCACAUGAGAGGUUAAAAAUAUUGUAUACAAAGAUUCUUGAUGUUCUUGGACAAAUCCCUAAACAUGCAGCAUAUAGAAAGUAUACAGAACAGAUUACAAAUGAGAAGCUGAGUAUGGUUAAAGCGGAACCAGAUGUUAAAAAAUUAGAAGAGCAGCUUCAGGGUGGCCAAAUAGAAGAGGUGAUUCUUCAGGCUGAAAAUGAGCUAAGUCUGGCGAGAAAAAUGGUGCAAUGGAAACCAUGGGAGCCUUUAGUGGAAGAGCCUCCUGCCAACCAAUGGAAAUGGCCAAUAUAAACAUCAUUAAAUGACUUGUGUGUUGAUGGGAAACUGAUGUAAUUAAAUAUUCUGUUAUAUUAAAAA